CUACAACAUUUGAGGAGGGGUGAAGAAAACUCAACAAACAGGUAGCUGGAUGGGGGAAGGGAGAUGUUGGGCUGUCAGAGUACAAAGCUAGGCAGUUAAAAGAGAGUUAGCAGGCAGCAGUAUGAGGAAGUCUAUCCACAAUGACAGGAAAGCGCGUAUUGGAAGCACAGCCAAUCUGAUCUUCUCUAGUGACAAGUAGACCGAAAGCUAUUUAGACAGCUGAUCUUGUAUACAAGGCUUAACAGGAACCACCGCUAGGCACAAUCCCAAGCUGGGUGCAUCGCUUUUGGGAAGCGUGCAGUUCAUCCGGACCGGCAGCCAUGCUCAAUCCGGAGGUAAGAAGAGGAGUGAGGUCCAUUGGCCAACUGAAAAGUAGAGUGGAAGAGCUGAAGAACCCUUGGAGGCAAAGUUCCCUGCUAGUUCUCAAUUACAAUGAGUCUGCCCGAUUGGCAACCGAUGCUCUGGUGGAGCAAGGAGAAAAGGCAUACUUCCAAGCACUGACAGAGGAGAAAGAACUACCCUUCCUCUCAAGUUUAGAUAUAGAAUACAUCUGCAGGAAUACCGACGUUACCAGCAAAUCCCAAGACACGGCCUUGGAGAAGGAUGCCGAUGGUGUCCUUGACAACUGCCUUUCCGAGCUGACGUCCGGCACCUACUUUCCUUUAAUGUCUGACAUCGACGUGCCCGUUUUGGAGCUGGGCUGGCCUGAAAUCCCUCCGCUCACCCGCAGUAAAGGGACAGAGGUACAAGUUAUCUUCCAAAAGAACAGAAACAACGAGAUCAAGGAUCUCAUCAGAUCCCUCAUUAACAAGGCAAAAUCGGUCAUUGCAGUGGUCAUGGAUCUUUUCACAGACGUUGACCUCCUAUGUGAUCUCAUAGAAGCAGCAAGCAAAAGAAGAGUACCGGUUUACCUCAUACUUGAUGAAAAGAAUCUGAAUUACUUUGUAGAAAUGUUUCAGAAGUUGGGAUUCGACAAAAUUCAUCUACCUAAUAUGAAGAUACGGACUAUAACAGGAGAUACGUACUGUACGAAGUCUGGAAAGAAAUUCUCUGGACAGUCUCUAUCAAAGUUUCUUCUGAUUGACUGUGAGCAUGUCGUCGCUGGUUCCUACAGUUUCAGCUGGCUUUCUAGUCAAGUUCACAACAACAUGGUGACCUACUUCAAGGGGAACAUAGUGGAAGAGUUUGACAGGGAAUUCCGCUGCCUGUAUGCCUGUUCACUGGAAACGGACUAUUUCUCAGGUCUUGAAAAUGAGAACAGCAACCUUUUUGGACAAAUUCCUACAAGGUCCAGAUGGAUGCCCAUGAAAACCACCCCUAUACCUGUACCAGUGAUUGAAGAUUCUGUCCACUCAGACAGCAACUCUAGUUCUGAUAGUCAGUCAAGUGUGACGACUCCUCCGUUUUUUAGAAAUCAGGCCGUCACAGUCAUUCGCGAAGAUAAGCCUGUCAUCGCAAAGUUCCUAAAUAGAAACUCGCACGAUACACGAGAAGAAACAGUUAAACAAACUGUGGAAAAAGUCAAUGAUCAGAGACGACCGUCAGAACCGCACUUGAACCCAACUAACCUCACGGGGAUGCAGGCACUUUCCUUAUCAAAAUCUACACCCAAUCUGGUUGACAAGUCGCCUACUGCUUUAAGGACCAAGUUUGAACAAAUCCAGAAUAAGUUUCUCAACCCACAAAUUAAAACACCCCCAAGAAUAAAAAGUGAGGUGUCGCUUAAUAAACCCUCCAACGGCUCUUCCGUAAACAGAAAUGUCCCAUUGGCUGAUCUGAAAAGGGAGGAAGCAAGCAAAAGAAUGACCCUGGGACAUAGUAAGCUAGCACUAAUUACAGAGAGCAAUAACAAAAUUCUAGAAAAUAAGGUCUACAGUCGCUUUCAGAUGCGUCCAUAGAUUUUGCGAUAUUAUGGACAGAACUAUGAAUCAUCAUCAUUACCUGCUUUAUAUUGCACUGGCACCCUGUACAGGGGUUUGCAGGGUCGGGCUUUGCACAGCCAGCAUAGGUCAUGGCCAAGAGCAGCAGUGCUUUCAGGGGUGGCACACUGUCUUCCAUACAUCAUGUUACUGUCAUUUUAUUAUGUAAUUAUUAUGAUCAUCUGCUCUUGCGUGGGAUACCAGGCUUAUUCCCCCUAUACUGCGCCACAGGAUUCCAGCUUUACCUGGAGUCAUGGAGAGGCAUGCAUUAAUCAAAAGUCAGUUAAAGUAAAACGCACCAAUACACUGGGCAUCAGAAAACCUUGAGGCAUUUUACACCCAAUGGUGCCAAUUCAUAAUGCUAUGUAUACCCACACAUUGAUUAUUUUCAUUUAACGUGGGUGCUAUAAAAUGUGGACAGAAGCAUCUUCUGCUGUGGCUAUUGGUUUUCAUCUGACUUCUUCGAUUUUCCUUUUUUUUUUUCUUUUUUUUUUUUCAAUUGAAGAAUAUUGCAUGGAAAUUUGCUGAUCGGGAUACCCACAUAGCAAACUUCAUGAACUGGCCAAAAUUCAUAUAGGGUGUACUCAGCCUAAGGCUCAGUGGUAUGGUGUUAUCUGGCACCACUAUAUGUUGGGCUACUGUACUGUAAUAAACUUUUUGAUUGCUGCAUGCUUCCCUAUGGGCCAUCUGUUUGUCUCCAAAUGUCAUUUGUGUGUGUAAUAAAAUUCUAUAUUUUGUUUUUUC